GCUGACAGUGAGGCAGCAGCAGCAGCAGCAGGGAUGGCUCACAGCUUCACUCAGGAGUAUUUUCAGAUCCCAGUGGUGACCCGAGCCUACACCACCGCCUGCGUCCUCACCACCGCUGCUGUGCAACUUGAGGUCAUCACGCCCUUCCAGCUCUACUUUAACCCAGACCUCAUCAUCAGAAGAUAUCAGAUAUGGCGCCUGAUAACCAGCUUCCUCUUCUUUGGUUCUCUUGGAUUCAGUUUCCUGUUCAACAUCAUCUUUCUUUAUCGAUACUGUCGGAUGCUGGAGGAAGGAUGUUUCCGAGGAAGGACGGCGGAUUUUGUUUUCAUGUUCCUGUUUGGAGGAAUCGUGAUGACUCUGUUCGGUCUGUUCGCCAACAUCUUCUUCCUGGGUCAGGCCUUCAUCAUCAUGCUGGUGUACGUGUGGAGUAGAAGACAUCCGCUCGUACGCAUGAACUUCUUCGGCCUCCUGAACUUCCAGGCUCCGUUCCUGCCCUGGGUGCUCAUGGGAUUCUCGCUGCUGCUUGGAAACUCCAUCAUGGUCGACCUCCUAGGCAUCAGUGUGGGUCACAUGUACUACUUCCUGGAGGACGUGUUUCCAAACCAGCCGGGAGGAAGGAAGCUGCUGAUGACGCCAGAGCUUCUGCGAGCAAUGUUCGACCGGCCGGAGGACCCAGAUUACCGUCCCCUCCGAGAGGAGCAGCAGGGUGAAGAUCUACAGCAGAACGAGGAGCAGAACAACUAACAGCACUGAGACCAAGAUGAGGAUCUGUGGAGCCCUGAGUCCCUGCAGAGGACACUUUUUUUUAACCAAAAAUACCAAAGCAUUUUGGAGUAUCUUUUGUCUAAAUAAGAAGACAGCAGCACAGAGGUGGCACAAAAAGUCUCAGCAGAAGACUGUGCUGCAGGAUCUUUGGGACAAAGAAGCAUAAUUUCAACAAGUAACCAGAACUGACCCCAAAACGCAUUCAGGCGAUAAAAAGGACAAAGGACUCAGUUUCUAUGUCUUGGAAAUCGAAGCAAAACAAACCUCAAGACAACCUGUGGCGUAUCUGACCACGACUCAACAGAGCGAUGUUUUCAUAAGUGGGUCCCUGUUUUGUUUGUAACGUACACGAGCAUGCGGGUGACGAAAGAAGAGACUGCUCACAAGUAAACAUGGAUGUUACCACAACAGGAUUUCAGAUGUUUUCCAAAUGAGCUUUGCAAGUGUUUUGUGAUGAAGGAAAUGCACUCAACAUGUUUGUGAGACCUCCAGGAUACACAAAAUGAGCUCUGAUUGUAAACAGACACCUUGUUUGUUUACAACAAAACACUACAGAGCACCUCUGAAGGUCCACUUACUGCCCUGUUUGAGCGUUCACUAUCUCAGGGGUCAGGUAAAAACAGACAGGGUCACCCCAAUGUUCCCAGGGUCCUAUGCUCAUCCUUCACCGAGUUUCAAAUUAGGAUUAGAGAGAACACUCACAAAAGAAACUGCAAAGCGUGUGAAAUAAUGUUGUACCAUUCCAGAGCUACGUUCUUUAAAAGUUACUCUGUUCCUUCUCUUCUGUGUCGAGUGUGUCUCUUGAUGUAAACCAACACUGUCAGAGUUUGUUAAGGGCUGUCUUAGCUGUAGCUUGAAUUAGGGAUGCACCGAUUUAUCAGCUAAACAUCAGUAUCGUAGUGUUGUGUCGUUCUUUUGAACGAAUCGUUCAAAAGAACAAAUCUGUUGAGUGAACGUACUGAACUGAAUCACUUCCGGAACUGAUUCGUUCAUUUCUCAGUUCAGCUGAGCUCAGCAGCGAGCGUGCGGGCCCGGAGUGGAACUGCCGAUUCAGUCCGUGCAAACGAUGAAUGACUCGCAAGUGGCAAGGCAACCAGGGUGCAGGAGGGACUGCCUACCGUGUGACGAAUCAUUCAGUGAACAAAUCACUCAGUGAACGAUGUAACCCCUAUCCCUGAGUGAUUCAACUAAUUUCUUCUCAGCGAUACACUUUCACAGGGACCGUUUUCUCCAAGCUAACGGCUAAUGUAGCCAGGAGUCAAGCCACAUGAACACAAUCACACACCUCCCUAUUGUUUUAACAGACUUAGUUUCCAGAUAAACCAACUUAAAACAUUAGGCUGGCCAAUACUGAGACUCACCAGUGCAGGGCAGACGCAGCAGCAGCUCAGACGUGUAUCAGUUCAGUGAGUCGGACUACUCAGUACACAGUCAGGGCUCCUCCCGCCAAGCGCUGAACGAUUCAGUGAACGAAUCUUUUGAACAAAUCUUUUUAAUGACCUGAUUCUAGUGAUUCAGUAACAUGUAAAGAACUGCUUUGCCCAUCACUACAGUAUCGGCCGAUAUUUGCCUUGUUGACUGCUAUCGGCCUAUUGGCAACUAACAUGACACUCCCUGGUGUUUUUCUGUUGCGUCACAUUUAGUUUGCGCAGGCUAAAAAGCAGGGCUCCACACUAACAGCAUCCUGUUGUCCCGAAGUCAACAGAAAAUGUCAGAAAACAUCUUCCCUGGGACGUCCUCAGGAUGAAAGGACACAAUAACUCACCAUCGUCGUGCCAGGGGACGCACCCUAUUGAGACUUAAGCUGAUGACCAGACCUACCUGCUGAAGGAGGUUGUGUUGAGUUAUACUGUGAUGCGUUCAAGAUCAAUACAGUAAAAAUGAGUAUUACACGAAGGUGAAUUAUAACGUUCUCAUGAUGUGUUCAAAUAUUAUGUUGUUUUUGGCAGUAAACUUGAAUAAAUUCAGCUGUUUGAAGGAGACAAACAAACAAGGAAAUGAUUCUGCAACAUAAUUUAAAUUUUCCCAGCUUUUUUCUUUUUUCCCAAAAUAAUUUUCUAAAUAUAUUGGUUGUUUUUUUUGUUGCUUUUUGGCACUUUGUAGGACAAGAAAUCACACCAAUCUGCAUCUGAAAGCAGCACAAGAAAAGAGAUGUCGCUCCAGGUUUCAGUGGGUUCAUACAUUCUUCAUUUUAAGGCCACUUUGUAUGUCAGAACUUCCCUACACUUAAUUUUCCUUCCCAUAGUGUUUUAUUGUAAAGAAGGUUUCCCCCGACAAGAAAAAAAACCCUGGUUGAAUCUGUGCAAACAGACUUGUUUCUUGACGUUGACCCUCGUCAGUCUGACCUCAGCUAAGACUCAUAACACAACAGUUCUGUUAUGAGGGAGGAUGAAGUAUGUGUUCUGUUGUUGGAGGUCCCACAGUGACUUGUUUGCGUGUUGUUGUGCUAAGCAAUUUCCAUUUUGUCCCUCUCAGUGUUUGACCCACAAAGGCAGCGGGUGAAAGUGCAGAGUGUGCAGACGGGGCUGAUGGGAUUUCAGGCCGUCGGCAGUUCUGUGAACCAGCAGCGGUGACACAACAGCAGAGGACGGGAGUUAAAAUGUUUAGUCCUGUUAGUCAGUUCUUCCUCAGCAACGUUCAAAUACCACAUUUAUACAUCUGGUCGUGUCGACACUAGAGGAGCCAAACUGUGGUCAGAAAUUAGAGUUUGAAGAUGUGUCCAGCUGUUUUUGCUUCUUUCAUUCAGUGUUGAAUGUGCUUUGUAGGAUGUUUGUUGGUGCUCACAGAUUCUGAGUGAAAAACUUUGUAAACAGAGGUCAAGUGAAUCAGUCUGGUUUGGGAUUUUGAAAUUAAAGUAGGGGUCAAAGAUUGAAGGCAAAUAUCUAAUUGCAAUUUUGCUGAUCAAUGUGAUCUAAACUGCAAAGAUUCUCUACAAAUUAAACUAAAACAUUUUAUUUGCGAUGCACGGAAGCAGAGAGUGGCCAUGCUUGCAAUUUUUUUUUUAAUGCCAUUAUCUUGAGAACACUAGUAAAUUAUUUUGGCACUUUUUGACAGGAUAAUUAACCUGUUAACACAAGAAAAUAAAAGUUUUUUUUUUUUUUAUGAGGCUACUGAUGUUUAUGAGAGUCCAGGGGCCAGAUGUAUAAACUAACCUGUGUGCACUGUACACUCAAACAUGUUUCUGAAAACAUCUGAGGCAAGAGAUAGACAACGCAAUUCAAAAAUCUUGAUUCAUAUUUGAUCAGUGCUGCCUAGUUUGACAGUUUGACCGCAGUUCACGGAGCGAUUGAUGCGACUGACAGCUGCAUUACAGACUCUGGUCUGACUGGUUGAUGCUGACCGCGCUGGUCUAAUCAGUGUGUCAACAUGAAUCAGACACUUUAAUGUUUUUUUAAGACCAGUGCAAGAGACCUUUUAACCAAAUUUAGGACAGAUUUUCGGACAAAUCAUGUUUAACUUACUUAAAGGAAAUGACCACUUCAGAAUGAAAACACAGACAGUACUUAGUGACCCUCAUGCCGACAAGAAGUCCAGUGUAGUUUUUUAAUCCACAAAACUCGCUCGGGGUAUCAGAGGAUAGCAGCUAGUCGGAAUAACAGCUACACUUGAAGUGCACAGAACACACAUUUUGAAAAUGUAAUAAAACUCCGCUAAUGCAUUUCAAAAACGUCAGAACGCCUCGACCGUUGUAAUCCAAGUGCCCUGAAGCCGCGGCAUGCAAAUUUGACUUGAAAAGACGUAAUUUACUGCACUUUCAUAGCAUCAUUUCUCACCAUGGUCAGUUAGCCUGCCCUGCAGGUGUGCUGUGUUUACAUGGCAACUCGCGAGACUCGAGAACGUUCAGAGACGUUCUUGUUCUCGAGUCUCGCGAGUUGCCAUGUUGGUAUUUUCAUUCUAAAGUGGUCAUUUCCUUUAAGUAUCACAGGUAAGCACUGCAGGUAAGUAGUACAUAUGUGGUCUUAUGCAGAGGGAAGUGUUAAGUAGGAAUAUGGUUAUUAGAGUUUAGUCAAUCUACAUUUUGCCAACAGGUCAGUGCAAGUAUGAAGUAAACGACAGUAUAGUUUUUUGAAGAUUUGUAACAUUAGAAAGGCUUCACAGUUUUCACUAAAAGAAAUUAAAAACUGGAUAAAUGAAAUAAGAUAAAAUGUUUGUGGUAGUUAAGACCUCACAAACUCAAAUUUAAGACUAUUUAAUGAUUUUUAAGGCCUUAUUGUUGUAACAUUAAAUUCAAGACAAUUUAAGACUUUGAGGACCUGUAGACAGGUUUAGCGACUGUGGCAGCAGGAAGGGAGGAACGACAUGAUUUUUUCCACAGAUUAUUUGUCUUCAUCUGCUUCUUUCAGAUAUAGUGAGAGUUAUUAGUGACAAAUAUGACAUGAAGUUAUUUUCAUUGGUUGCCAACUGUAGUUUUACACAUAUAUCACAUUGUACAGCUUGUUAAGACGCUGAUAAUUAUGUAAGCUAUCAAUAAAAUUUCAGU